UGACUUCUAGAAGCAGAAGAAUCCCUAAGAAGUAUCUGGACGGCGAGAAUUUGUGGACGGGCAGCUCAGUGCGAGAGGAGAAGAAGGCCAAGAAGAGAAAAAGGACACUGUAGGAGUUAGAGGCAUGGAGUCACAGGGAACUGUCUUUCCUGAAAGGCUAGGGAGUGCGGUGCAGGCUGUCACAGAGGCUGGAAAGGAGGUUUCAUUCGGAAUCACGGCUGGGGAAAGGGCGGAGGGAGCAGUCAACAGAGGAGCAACAAGAUCAAGGAACAGAGAGCCAGCAGAAACAACCCAGUCCGAGCAAAGUGAGGCCUAGGGUGGAACUUUCAAUUUGUGGAGCCGUAGUACAUAAGAAAGGUGAAUUCACAAACUGCAAUAAUCUUCGUCAUAAUCAGAGUGCAGAUGCUUCUUUACAUCUUCUUCAAAAUCAAAGAAGCCACAUGGGAAAUGUAUGUUCUGAAUGUGGGAAAUGUUUUCUUAAGAAAGCACUUCUUUCUAAACAUCUAAAAAUUCAUACAGGAGAAAAGCCAUUUUCAUGUACUAUAUGUGGGAAAUGUUUUACUCAGAAAUCAAAUCUUUUUCGUCAUCAGAAAAUUCACACAGGGGAGAAAGGAUUUUCAUGUUCUGACUGUGGGAAAUGUUUUUCUGUUAAAUCAAAUCUUAUUAACCAUCAGAAAAUUCAUACAGGGGAGAAAGGAUUUUCAUGUUCUGACUGUGGAAAAUGUUUUAUCCAGAAAUCAAACCUUAUCACUCAUCAGAAAAUUCAUACAGGGGUCAAAGGAUUUUCAUGUUUUGAUUGUGGAAAAUGUUUUACUCAGAAAACAACUCUUAUUAGGCAUCAGAAAAUUCAUACAGGGGAGAAAGGAUUUUCAUGUUCUAAAUGUAGGAAAUGUUUUACUCAGAAAUCAACUCUUAUUAUUCAUCAGAAAAUUCAUACAGGAGAGAAAAAAUUUUCAUGUUCUAAAUGUGGGAAAUGUUUUCUUAAUAAAUCGCAUCUUUUUAAUCAUCUAAAAAUUCAUACAGGAGAAAAGCCAUUUUCCUGUCCUAUAUGUGGGAAAUGUUUUACUCAGAAACCAAAUCUUUUUCGUCAUCAGGAAAUUCAUACAGGGGAGAAAGGAUUUUCAUGUUCUGACUGUGGGAAAUGUUUUACUCAGAAAGCAAAUCUUAUCACUCAUCAGAAAAUUCAUACAGGGGAGAAAGGGUUUUCAUGUUUUGAGUGUGGAAAAUGUUUUACUCAGAAAUCAACUCUUAUUAAGCAUCAGAAAAUUCACACAGGGGAGAAAGCAUUUUUAUGUUCUAAAUGUGGGAAAUGUUUUAUCCAGAAAAACACUCUUAUUAGGCAUCAGAAAACUCAUUUUAAAAGAAAUCAGAGCUUAACAUCCAAAGUACAGAGGGUUACACAUAGUUGUAACCCACACAAUACGAAAUGCUGAUGAUGACUGCAUGUGAUCCUCUGGGGUGCACAGUUUUAGAGCUGUUUUGAGGCCCCUUCUGCACCUCAAGCAUUUAUGAGGUGACCCCAGGUUGUAUUUUAUUUAAAUCAAAUUUGUUUAGCUCAUGAUUUAAAUUACUAGUCAGCAAGACUGAUUCAAAUCAUGGUUUUUAUUUUUAGAAUAAGUUUUAAGAUAAUUAUUUUUCCAGUUAUAUCAGACCAUUACUGUUUUUGUAAUAUAUCAUUAGAUAUGCAUAGAUAGAUCAUUGAAGUGAAUGAAAUUAUUUGGAGGGGAACUAUCUCCAGUUCAAUUGCUUAAUAUUGGAUGGAGAAAAUGAUUACAUUAAUAAUAACAAUAGAAAUAUUUUUAACUAAAAAAUAACUAUUUCUUUCAUGUAAUUGGCAAGAGUCCAUGAGCUAGUGACGUAUGGGAUAUACAAUCCUACCAGGAGGGGCAAAGUUUCCCAAACCUCAAAAUGCCUAUAAAUACACCCCUCACCACACCCACAAUUCAGUUUUACAAAUUUUGCCUUCUAUGGAGGUAGUGAAGUAAGUUUGUGCUAAGAUUUCUACGUUGAUAUGCGCUUCCUUUUGCAGACUAUCAGUUUCAUAUUUGGGGAAAAAACAUUAUUUAGGAAAAUAUUUUUUCUUACCUGGGGUAUAGUCUUUUCAGUUGACUGCUUUUUCAUUAAAUUUCGCAGGCAAAAUUAGGCUCGCGAGGGUGCAAAAUGCCAAAGUUUAUUGCGUCAUUUUUGUAAUUUCCGGUGUCUUAGUUGACGCCGAGUUCCUUGCACAAAGUUGCGUCUACUAUGACGCGAGUGUGUCAUUUCCGGAUGUUGUUAGCACCAAAAAAAUUUCAGUUUGCGUUGUGCGUCAUACUUGGCACCAAAUAAUUUAAUCUAGAUUGUAAAUUCUCACGGAAUAGGGCCCUCAAUUCCCCCUGUUUUUAUCUGUAAAAUUUUGUGUCUUAUCGUAUUGUUUCUCCAUUGUACUGUUAUCCUUGUACCCAUGGGCAGCGCUGCGGAAUCUGUUGGCACUUUAUAAAUAAAGAAUAAUAAUAAUUAUUAUUAUUAUUUAAAACCCCAUUCCUAUAUGCCUCUUGCCCUUUUCUAUGUCAGAGGGCUAUGCUGUUUGCAUUUUUUCCCAUUCUUGAAACUGCCAUAUAAGGAGAUUGAUAAUUUUGCUUUAUAUGUUGUUUUUUUCUCUUACGUUUGCAAGAUGUUUCAAUCUGAUCCUGUCUCAGAAACCACUGUUGGAACUCUGCUGCCUGAUAACAGUUUGAUCAAAGCUUAGUGCAUCUGUUGUAAAUUUGUGGAGAUUAUAUCUCCAGCUGUGGUAUGUAAUAGUUGUCAUGAUAAGCUUUUACAUGCAGAGAAUGUGUCCAUCAGUAAUAGUACAAUGCCUGUUGUUCCUUCAACAUCUAAUGUACAUGAUAUACCUGUGAGUAUGAAAGAUUUUAUUGCUGAUGCGAUUCAGAAGGCUUUGUCUGCCAUCCCGCCUUCUAAUAAAUGUAAAAGGUCUUUUAAAACUUCUCAUAAAGUUGAUGAAAUUUUAAAUGACCGACAUCAUACUGAAUUAUUCUCUGAUGAGGAUCUAUCUGAUUCAGAAGAACUUUCCUCAGAUAUUGACACUGACAAAUCUACUUAUAUAUUUAAAAUGGAGUAUAUUCGUUCCUAGUUAAAAGAGGUGUUGAGUACAUUGGAUAUUGAGGACACUUGUCCUCUUGAUAUUAAAACUAGUAAAUGUUUAAAUUCUGUUUAUAAACCUCCUGUGGUUACUCCAGAGGUUUUUCCAGUUCCUAAUGCUAUUUAUGUUAUGAUUUCUAUGGAACGGAAUAGGCCUGGUACUUCUUUAAUUCCUUCUUCAAGGUUUAAAAAAUCGUAUCCUUUGCCAGCAGUUAGAUUGUAGUUUUGGGAAAAGAUCCCCAAAGUUGAUGGGGCUAUUUCUACUCUUGCUAAAUGUACAACUAUUCCUAUGGAAGAUAUUACUUCUUUUAAAGACCCUUUAGAUAGGAAACUUUAAUCUUAUCUAAGGAAUGCUUAUUUAUAUUCUGGCUGUCUUCUCAGGCCUGCCAUUUCUAUGGCUGAUGUUGCAGCUGCAUCAACUUUUUGGUUGGAAAGUUUAGCGCAACAGGAAAUGGAUCCUGGUUUGUCUAGCAUUGUUCGCUUGCUUUAACAUCCUAAUCAUUUUAUCUGUGAUGCCAUUUUUGAUAUCUUUAAAAUUGAUGUUAAAUCUAUGUAUUUAGCUAUUUUAGCUAGAAGAGCUUUGUGGCUCAACUAUUGGAAUGCUGACAUGGUAUCUAAGUCUAGAUUACUAUCUCUUUCUUUCUAAGGUAAUAAGUUAUUUGGUUCUCAGUUGGAUUCAAUUAUUUCAACUGUCAUUGGGGGGAAGGGAGUUUUUUUGCCUCAGGAUAAAAGACCUAAGGGUAAAUCUAAAGCUUAUAACAGUUUUCAUUCCUUUAAACAAAAUAAGGAACAGAAACCUAAUCCUUCCCCCAAAGAAUAUGGUUCCAAUUGGAAACCUUCUUCAAGUUGGAGUAAAUCCAAACCGUUUAAGAAACCAAAACCAGCCCCAAGUCUGCAUGGAGGUGCGGCCCUCAUUCCAGCUCAGCUUAUAGGGGGCAGAUUAAGAUUCUUCUAAAAUAUUUGGGCAUAUUCUGUCCAAAUUCAAUGGAUUCAGAGUAUUAUCUCUCAAGGGCACCGAAUAGGAUUCAGAGUAAGACCUCCUGUGAGAAGAUUUUUUCUCUCACGCAUCCCAAAAAAUCCAGUAAAGGCUCAGGCUUUUCUGAAGUGUGUUUCAGAUCUGGAACUUUCAGGGGUAAUCAUACCAGUUCCGUUUCAGGAACAGGGUCUGGGGUUUUAUUCAAAUCUAUUCACUGUCCCAAAGAAAGAAAAUUCAUUUUUGAAUCAUUAUGUAAGAGUGCCAACUUUCAAAGUGGUGACUAUAGGGACUAUUCUGCCUUUUGUUCAGCAAGGGCAUUAUAUGUCCACGAUAGACUUACAGGAUGCAUAUCUAAAUAUUCGAUUCAUCCAGACCACUAUCAGUUUCUGAGAUUCUCUUUUCUAGACAAGCAUUACCAAUUUGUCGCUCUUCCAUUUUGCCUAGCGACAGCUCCAAUAAUCUUUUCAAAGGUUUUUUGUGCCCUACUCUCUGUAAUCAGAGAAUGGGGUAUUGCAGUGUUUCCUUAUUUGGAUGAUAUCUUGAUACUAGCUCAGUCUUUACAUUCUGCAGAAUCUCACACAAAUCAGCUAGUGUUGUUUAUUCACAGACAUGGUUGGAGGAUCAAUUUACCAAAAAGUUAUUUGAUUACUCAGACAAGGGUCAUCUUUUUAGGUUUCCAGAUAGAUUCAGUGUCCAUGACUCUGUCUCUAACAGACAAGAGACGAUUAAAAUUGGUUUCAGCUUGUCAGAACCUUUUUUCUCAGAUUGUUCAGAUGUGGGGUCUUCCAGAAAUAGAUCUGAUGGCUUCCCAUCUAAACAAGAAACUACCAAGGUACCUGUUCAGGUCCAGGGAUCAUCAGGCGGAAGCGGUGGAUGCGUUAGCAGUUCCUUGGUGUUACCAACCUGCUUAUAUCUUCCCGCCUCUGGUUCUUCUUCCAAGAGUGAUUUCCAAGAUCAUCAUGGAACAAUCGUUUGUGUUGCUGGCCUCACAGGUUUUGGUAUGCGGAUCUUGUUUGGAUGUCCAGUUGCCAACCUUGGCCACUUCCAUUAAGGCCAGACCUUCUGUCUCAAGGCCCGUUUUUCCAUCAGGAUCUCAAAUCAUUAAAUUUGAAGGUAUAGAAAUGAACGCCUUGUGCUUAGUCAUAGAGGUUUCUCUGACUCAGUGAUUAAUACUAUGUUACAGGCUCGUAAAUCUGUUUCUAGGAAGAUUUGUUAUCGAGUUUGGAAGACUUAUAUUUCAUGGUGUUCUUCUCAUAAAUUCUCCUGGCAUUCUUUUAGAAUUCCUAGAAUUUUACAGUUUCUUCAGGAUGGUUUGGAUAAGGGUUUGUCUGCAAGUUCCUUGAAGGGAUAAAUCUCUGAUCUUUCUGUUUUAUUUCACAGAAAGAUUGCUAAGCUUCUUGAUAUUCACUGUUUUGUACAGGCUUUGGUCCAUAUCAAGUCUGUCAUUAAAUCAAUAUCUCUUCCUUGGAGUCUUAAUUUGGUUUUGAAAGCUUUACAGGAUUCUCUGUUUGAGCUUAUGCAUUCUUUGGACAUUAAACUACUUUCUUGGAAAGUGUUGUUCCUUUUGGCCAUCUCUUCUGCUAGAAGAGUUUGCAAAUUAUCUGCUCUUUCAUGUGAAUCUCCUUUUAUUUUCCAUCAGGAUAAGGCAGUUUUGCAGACUUCAUUUACAUUUCUACCUAAGGUUGUGAAUUCUAACAACAUUAAUAGAGAAAUUGUUGUCCCUUCUUUGUUUCCUAAUCCUAAGAAUUCUUUGGAGAGAUCCUUACAUUCUUUGGAUGUGGUAAGAGCUUUGAAAUAUUAUGUUGAAGCUACUAAAGAGUUCAGGAAGACCUCUAGUCUAUUUGUUAUCUUUUCUGGUUCUAGGAAAGGUCAGAAGGCUUCUGCCAUUUCCUUGGCAUCUUGGUUAAAGCUUUUGAUUCAUCAGGCUUAUUUGGAGUCGGGUCAGGCCCCCCCUCAGAGAAUUACAGCUCAUUCUACUAGAUCAGUCUUUUAAGAAUGAAGCUUCAGUUGAUCAGAUUUGCAAAGCAGCAACUUGGUCUUUGUUGCAUACAUUUACUAAAUUCUAGCGUUUUGAUGUAUUUGCUUCCUUGGAAGCAGUUUUUGGUAGAAACGUUUUUCAGGCAGCUGUUUCAGUUUGAUUCCUCUGCAUAUGUUUAUUUUUUUUCUUUUCAUUAUGAGAAUAAAAUUUAUAUUUUGGGUUGUGGAUUCAUUUUUUUCAGCGGAAAAUGUCUGUUAUUAUUUUAUGCCUCCCUCUUUAGUGACUCUUCUGUGGGUUUCCACAUCUUGAGUAUUAUUAUCCCAUACGUCACUAGCUCAUGGACUCUUGCCAAUAUGAAAGAAAUUAAUUUAUCAGGUAAGUUCUUACAUAAAUUAUGGGGCUUUUUUUUUUUCAUUUUUAGUGAUUGCCUCUCCCUCCUCACACUUUGGUCCUUGUGCAGAUCUAUUCCACUCCAAACAAUAUUCUAUUCAUUGAGUGUUUUGAAACUUCGUAUGGGUUGAUUCUGUGAACAUAGAUUUGUAGGGGAGAAAUGUUAAUAAAGGAAAGUCAAAAUUAAACUUUCAAGACUCAGAAUCAACAUUUGAUUUUCCAUUUGACAUCACUUAUCUAAUUUGCUUUGUUCUCUUGGUAUCCAUUGUUGAAAAGCCUGCAUAAGUAGGCUCACUAAGAUGCAAUGCACUACUGUGAACUAGCUGCUUGUCACUGUCUCACCCAGAUAGGCCCCAGUAGUCAUUGCUCUCCUUCAACAAAGGAUUCCAAGAGAAUGAAGCAAAUAUGAUUAUAUAAGUAAAUCUAAAAAUGUUAUGUUCUAUCUCAAACCCAAAUGUUCUCUUUCCUGAUUAUGUCUCUUUAAAGUCUAUUUAUCAACUCUGUAUGUUUAUUUUAUAAUAUUGCUAUGAAGAAGGGCAUGUUAUUUCUGCAGACACAAAUUCACAGUUUUGAGAACUACAAAACCAAUAAUAAGUGAUAAUAUCUUCAAGAUUGAAAAAUUGUCCAAAAUAAUCUGACAGAAACCUCUGUGAAUGGAUUCAUAGAAUCAAUUACGAAAAAAAAUGCAGCCAUGAAUAUACAGCAUGUUGCUAUCUAAUUAAAAACAAAUCGAUAUUUCAGGAUGAAUAAACUUUGGAUUGUAAUGUAUCUUAAAUAGCAACUAUCUUUAGAUUGAUGUUUCCUCAAAAUGCAUUUUAUUAUUUUUUAAAAAUCCUAUUUAAAUUAAAAAAAACAACUGAUUUAAAUUUUAAAAAAUACGUUUUGUAUCCACCUUCUAUGAUCCAGUGUAUUUGCCAUCCCCGGGGGAGGGGGGGGAUCCAGGGUCCCUAUAUAGGUUUAAAUAGCCAAGUGAUCACCUGGAGCCACUAUGUUAUUUUGUAAUUUAUGCUUAUUUAAGAAAUGUUACCUAAUACAACUAUAGAUCCACAACAGUUUUUACUAUAGAUUUGAGGAAAAAAUCUCUGUAUUGUUUACAACCUUGUUUAUUUAAAUUGUAAUAAAAUGAAAUCCAUCAGAGAUAGCAGGAACAUUAGGAGUGACCAAAUAAACAGUUUGGUUCAUUCUGAUUAAAAAAAAAAAAGAAUGCACUGGUGAGCUCUGCAACACAAAAAGGCCUGGAUGUCCACAACAGUGGUGGAUGAUCGUAGGAUCCUUUCCAGGUUAAAGAAAAAGCCCUUCACAUCAUCUGUAAAACACAGUGGAGGCAGUGUGAUUGCAUGGGCAUGCAUGGCUUCAGUGGCACUGGGUCACUGGUGUUUAUUGAUGAUGUGACAGAAGCAGCCGGAUGAAUUCUGAAGUGUAUAGAGAUACAUUGUCUGCUUAAAUUCAGCGAAGUUGAUAGGACAGGAUUUCACUUUACAGAUGGACAAUGCCCCAAAGCAUACUGCGAAAGCAACCCAGGAGUUUUUUAAGGCAAAGAAGUGGAGUAUUCUGCAAUGGCCGAGUCAAUCACCUGAUCUCAACCUGAUCAAGCUUGAAUUUCACUUGCUGAAGAUAAAACUUAAGGUAGAAAAACCUACGAACAAACAACUGAAGAACUCUGCAGUAAAGGCCUGGCAAAGCAUCACAAAGGAGAAAACCUAACGUUUGGUGAUGUCCAUGCGUUCCAGACUUAAAGUAGUCAUUUCCUGCAAAGGAUUCUCGACAAAGUGUUAAUUUGUCCAAUUACAUUUGAGCCCCUGAAAUAAGGGGACUGUGUAUGAAAAUGGUUGCAAUUCCUAAAUGUUUCAUAUAUUUUUCUUCAACCCCUUGAAUUAAAGAUAAGUCUGCACUUCAA